AUGCGCCUAAGCCUUGUCAAUCUGCUGGCGGUAGCCUCGACAGUUUGUGCGAUAGGGACCAGAUGUGGGCCGGACGAGGUUGAGGGGGUUGUAGAGAGUAUUUCUUGUGGCGACAGCGCGGUUAUCUUGGAAUGCCUUCGGAAACUUGGUGACAUCCCCAUGGUACUAGAGAUUGAAUCUUGCUUUGUUAUUGGCGGCUGCACAAAGGAGGAUGCGGCUUCUUUUUUCCAAGACUGCAAUACACCGGAGUCGCGGCAGGGUUUGAAGAAGAGGAAAGAGAAAGAGGUCACUACUACAGAAGAGGAGGAUAACGAGACCGACAAGCCUAAAGCAACGAAGAAACCCGCCGAAAAACCCACAAAAACCACUGAAGAACCUGCAAAAGCCACCGAAGAACCUACAAAAGCCACCGCAAAAACCACUGCAAAGCCCACCUCAAAAGUCGCCCCAAAAACCACACCGACUUCCAAGGAAACGUCAACUACGGAAGAAUCCAAGACAAGUGCUUCUUCGACCACAGACUCGAGUUCGAGUCCUAGCUCAACCACACCAAGUACGACUCGUAGCACUCCCGGCACCACUGCAGCAGCGGCGACCACUACUGGGAAACUUGCUUGCUCGACAACAAAAACAAUAUCCACAACUGCCUGUUCCGUUUCCGGCGGCAAAACUGUCACCUGCUCACCAACGACCGUAGUGUCCGCGACCUGUGCGCCAGGCAAUAUCUGCUUCAGCAGUUCAUCAGGCUCCGAUGUCUGUAUGAAGAGAUAUCCACCCCUAGCAACGUCGGGCAUUGUUGCCACGGUGUUUUUGGGCCUCGGUCUCGUCUCCUCUAUAGUUUUCAUAAUCGCCAUGCGUGUAAUGGCGAGCAAGAAGACGCGCCGGGACAGGGCGGCCAAGCUUGCAGGCGGCAAGCGACCGAUGGAUGAUAUUGAAGAGGCGAAGCCGUAUAAAAUCGGAGCCGGUGGUGAUGGUGGCAAUGAUAACGUCCCGCUGAUGCCAGCUGGUGGUAGAGGAAACGGUUAUACCGGUCAGGACCAAGGAUACUUCGGUCAGACAGGUGGACCCCCAUCAAAUCCCUUCGGUCCUAGUGGGCAACCAAUACCACAGAUACAACUGCAUCAAGGCUUAGGGGCACUGGGGCAGGAUGAUACUCAUUGGAGUCAGGAUUAUAAUGCGAGGAGGUAG